AUGGAAAGUUUAAAACCACCAGAGCCGAUGAAAUUUGAGGGAAAUCUAGCUUCGAAUUGGCAGAGAUGGCUGCAAUCAUUUGAAAUAUAUGAAGUAGCUAAAACCAUAGAUGAAUACGUAACUGACCUUCGAAAUAAAGCUAGAACAUGCGAGUUUGCACAAUUAACGGAUAGUUUAAUAAAGGAUAAAAUUGUUUGUGGUAUUAAAGAUGAUAUAGUGAGAGCAAGAUUGUUACAUGAAACAGAAUUAACAUUAGAAAAAGCUCUUGAUAUAUGCAGAUCUGCUGAAAUAAGUGCACAUCAAAUGAAAAUCAUAAAAGAUGAGGAAACUGCUGUAAACUUAGUGAAAAAGAAACUAAGUAAACAUAAUAAGAAUACCUACAAAGAGUCGAACAGGUUAGCAGAGCGUUCAGUACAAACGGCGAAGAAAUUGUUAAAGAAAGCUCAAGUAGAUCAUGUUGAUCAUUAUUUAGCAUUGUUAGCUCAUAGGAACACUCCAACUAAUGAGAUGCUAGGAUCACCAGCUCAACGACUUGAGAGAUUUCUUAUCCAGGAACG